UCGUUUGUCCAGCCCCCUUUUCCUCUCAUCGUCCAAGAGGUUAUAAUGCACCACAAACACUGAAACACAGCUAUUUACAGAGUGCUAGUUAUAAUCAAAGGAAGGAUUAUGGCUUCGGAAGAGAUGGAAUUGAAUGGAGAUGCUAACAGAAGUGAUUCAAGAGAGCGUCCUCGGCAGAGCCGCUGGUCAAGGAACACUCCAAUUAACAUGAACCAUUACGCCAAUAAGAAGAGUGCAGCAGAGAGCAUGCUGGAUAUCGCGCUGCUGAUGGCCAACGCCUCCCAGCUGAAGACCAUCCUGGAGCUGGGACCCACGUUCUCCUUCUACAUUCCUCUCAUCAGCCUCAUCAGCAUCUCCCUCAUCCUACAGAUCAUCGUGGGGAUCUUGCUUAUCUUCAUAGUGAAGUGGAAUCUGAACGACACAAGUAAACACUACAUACUGAAUCUUCUGGAGAACAUCGUCACAGCUCUCGUCUUUAUCAUCGUAGUAGUCAAUGUUUUCAUCACAGCAUUUGGCGUCCAAAGACCAGAGGACACGAAAUCAUAACUGGCAACACGAGUUAGGAUUUCAUACAAUUAUACAUAUUUGAACAUUUAUUAUCAAAUAUCAGGCAAGUUGUCAUGAUGACAUUUUCAAAUGUGCCUCGAUGUAAAUAUGCCUUAUGUUUUGCAGAACCUUUUUUAGUCCCAAAAUGAGGUAACAACGGCCUAAAUAAUAUAAAUGUAAUUUUAAAAAUGCAACUGCAUAUGAUUGUUUUAUGGGUAAUUGUUUAAUUAUGCAAUUCACGUUGUUAAAAUGCAUCAAUUGUGAAAUUGGAUUGGAUAUUCUAAUCGGAUCAUUACUGAGAUUGAAAAUAAUCAAGACAGAGACUAGACAUAAAAUACCUUUCAAGCCAGAAAUGGAGCCUCACCUCACCUCACAUGGGACCUUCAUACUGCCUACCUGAUCACUGUGUCAGCUGUCUAUAUGGGGAAAAUGGACUCAUUUUACAUGUGGUUCAACACAAUGCAACUCUCUUGCACACAGCACGUUUGUAUUUGUUUUUAAUUACAGGUCAUAUUUAAAGACCUUGCUGCAUGAAGGAUAAAGAGCGUUUAAAUCUGCACUUAACGCUGUAAGUUAAGAUUAAGUAUCAUAAAUACAGCACAUUUUACAUGAUCUUGUAUUAACCCAAAGAAUUUUUGAGAAUUUGUAUAAGAGCGCCAUCUACUGACUAGGUGAAGUAUAUUGCCUUUUUCUUUGAAAUAUUUUUUUAUUUUAAAUUUUAAUGUUGUUUAGUGUUUUAAUGUUUGUUGUGAUUAUUUACUAUCCAUAUGUUUAUAUGUUUCUUGGACUUUUUGUACAUUUUAUAUCGAUAUUGUUUGUAUAAAUGGACCAAAAUUUCCUUUGUUUUUCACUUUUAGAGAGCAAUAUAAAGUCAUAAAAUAAAAUAAUUGAAAAUAAUUGCAUUUAGUCAUUAUUUCAGUGCACAGAUAAAUAGUAGACCAACUUACAGUAGUGUUUAUGUGCAGUAUUGCACACUGGU